CUGGCCAUCUACCUGGCUGCCCUGCUGGGCAAUGGCCUCAUCAUCAGCACCAUAGCCUGGGACCACCACCUCCACACCCCCAUGUACUUCUUCCUCCUCAACCUCGCCCUCCUUGACCUGGGUGCCAUCUCCACCAUUGUCCCGAAAUCCAUGGUAAAUUCACUGAGGGACUCCAGGGACAUCUCCUAUGCAGGAUGUGUUGUCCAACUGUUCUUUAUAGUAUUCCUAAUUGCUGCAGAGUAUUUUCUCCUCACCACCAUGUCCUAUGAUCGCUAUGUUGCCAUCUGCAGACCCCUGCACUAUGAGACCCUCCUGGGCAGCAGAGUUUGUCUCCACAUGGCAGCAGCUGCCUGGGGCUGUGGGGUUCUCUUUGCUCUGCUGCACACAGCCAAUACAUUUUCCCUGCCCCUCUGCCAGGGCAAUGCUGUGCAGCAGUUCUUCUGUGAAAUCCCCCAGAUCCUCAAGCUCUCCUGCUCCACAUCCUACCUCAGGGAACUUUGGAUUAUCGUGUUUGGUGCUUGUUUCUUCUUUGUCUGUUUUGUGUUGAUUGUGGUGUCCUAUGUGCAGAUCUUCAGGGCAGUGCUGAGGAUCCCUUCUCAGCAGGGACGCCACAAAGCCUUUGCCACCUGCCUCCCUCACCUGGCUGUGGUCUCCCUGUUUACUGGUACCUCUUUUUUUGCCUACUUGAAGCCCCCCCCAGUCUCUUCCCUAUCCGUGGACCUAGUGGUGUCAGUUCUGUACUCAGUGGUGCCUCCAGCAGUGAACCCUCUCAUCUACAGCCUGAGGAACCAGGAGCUGAAGGCUGCCCUGAGCCAACUAUUUCAAAGUGCACCUCGCAAAGCUCAGAUUUUGAUGGGACCUUCCUUUGGAACGACACUUCCGAAGACAGAAAGCGGCAUUCACCGAAACCCAAGUCGUAAGAUUUCCGGCACCGGUUCUGGCAGCACCGGCGGCGAGCUCGGACCAACAGGGGGGAGCGAGGCCGAUCGAUCACCAAAGAAGCUCGGGCAAACGCAGAGCGGGAUCGAUUGCUGA